GGAAGCGGGCGUGAGGCGAACAUGGCGUUUGCAGUAGUGCUGGCCUUGAGGACGCGGGCAGUCGUUACAGCCCUGCUGAGCCCCCCUCAGGGUACCGUUCUUGCCCUCAGAUAUGCAUCCAAGAAGUCAGGUGGCAGCUCCAAAAACCUCGGUGGCAGGUCACCAGGCAAACACUAUGGCAUCAAGAAAAUGGAAGGUCACUAUGUUCAUGCUGGCAAUAUCCUUGGGACUCAGCGCCAUUUCCGCUGGCACCCAGGUGCACAUGUGGGGCUGGGGAAGCGGAAGUGCCUGUACGCCCUGGAGGAGGGGACAGUCCACUACACUAAGGAGGUCUAUGUGCCCAAUCCCAAAGACCCGGAGGCUGUGGAUCUGGUCACCAGGCUGCCCAGGGGUGCUGUGCUCUACAAGACUUUUGUCCACGUGGUUCCUGCCAAGCCUGUGGGCACCUUUAAACUGGUAGCUAUGCUUUGAAGUCCUGCCUGAGGCACCUUUAAACUGGUAGCUAUGCUUUGAAGUCCUGCCUGAGGCCAUUGGACAGAGACUGGAGCCCAGGUGACAGGAGUGGGUGAUAGCAGAAGUCAAGGGUUGGAGUGAUGACAAGGCCUCCCAAGGAAGAGGUCUGCUUGAUGGUGACUCUGCAGGAGAUUCUGUGAAGUGACUGCUGGGAAACCCUUAGGGAUACCUGACCUGGGACCAAAAAUAAAGUUUGCUGGAAUCAUGA